AUCGUGCCUUAGGGGGAUGGAUAAUGAGAUUAGUUGCUGGGGCCAAGCCUGCAUCAGUCCAAAGGGGUCAAUCGCUGGAUUAUCACUGCUCUUGCUAAGGACUUAGACACCACUAUCACGUACACAACAUUUUGUAGUACUCGUUGACUUCUUCUACACCUGACUUUUCUUUUGGAGGGGGGAUUAUUAGGUGGAAGGUAAGAGUGGAAGACCUCAUGUUUGCCUGUUUUGACGUUGCAAAGUUUUGGAAUAAGAAUUAUGGUGCAUGACUUUGUAGCCUGCAUGGCCAUGGGAUUCUGACUGUCCCAGGUGCAGAGUGUUGAAUGAGGGGUCUGGCUGGGAAGUGAGUGCAGGGGUGACCGGCGGACUGAAGGACGGGUGGGCUUUGUGCUCGCCUGCUGUGACAGGGUCUGCAGCUCUCGACCAGCAGCCCUCAUGCCACUCAUCAACAACAAAGUGGGUGACGAUGGCACUACCAGUUCACCAAAGACUCUGGAAGAGGGGAAGGUUCUUAUCGACUCACUCAUAAAGGUGGUGGCAUGUUACCGCCACCUGGCCUCGUGUGUGGGUGGGUGCACGGACAGCUUGCACCUGCGUGACGAGCUGCGGCUAACGCGGGAGAAGGCCCAGAAGUUAGCGGUGGCCAGCCGUCACCACCUCACGGCACGGCUACGGGAUAAGACACUGCCCCAGGGGGAGAGACAGGAGAUGGAACUGCUCUGGGUGGCCUUCACCUCCAGUCUGGAACUCCUCCACGCAGACAUGUGCAAAGUCUUCAACAUGGGUUCCAACUUCUCCCUGAUCAAUAACAACACCUUAGUGCAGACUGGCAUUCAAGGGGAAACCAGUGAGGUGACAGCGCGGGCCCUCAGCUUGGCAGACCUGACCCGUGCCGAGGACCAGGUUCCCGCCAGCCUGGAGGAUCUGGAGCAGAGCCAGCUGGAGGAGGAGAUUGCCCAUGUGGAUGUCAUGCUGGAGGACAUGGAGGAGAAGGUCAACGUCCUGCGCUGGAUGGUGGAGGCCCGCGGGCCCCAGUACGCCGAACCGGCCAGCACGGACAGCGCCUCGUUGGGCCUCUUGUCCACGGACGAGGAGGCAGGUCCCCAAAGCCAGCAGUGCUGCGAGCGCAGCCAGAUUUUCAUGGUGCUGGUGCUGUGCAGUGUGGCAGUGGUGAUGGCCGUGCUGUCCGUCUGCGUGGUCUAUCUCUCAUGAGGAGGCUUGUCACCAGUGGAUUUCACCCAGGUUUUGUUGAGCCGCUAAAAGCAGUAGGACCUUAUGUUGCCAUAAAUUCCAUCCUCAUGUCAAUUGAUAUCCGAAAAUAUGGUUGUUGGAAGAAGCUGGUGUUGUUGAAAGGGCGGGGUACUUUACAUAUUUCUUUAUUUGAAUAAAGAGCCCCAUUUAAAAUUAAUACACUCCAGGUUACACAGUUUGACGCUCCCAUUUCUGUUAGAAAGUCAAUAUAAAACAGAUUCAAAAAGAGUUAGAUGCCCUGUGCAAUGUAGUUUAGCUAAUGUUAAUGGAUUGUAGUGGAAUGAAAUUGAACCAUUUAUGCUCUUUACUAAUGUAUGCUGACUACUGUAUAUGACAGUAAGGUUAAUGAAUUUUUAUUGAAAUGCGUUGAACAUAAUCUGUUUACACAACUUGACAGUGGUUGACAAAGUACACCCACCACAUUUAGGUCCAUGUUGUCAUUGACACUGAAGGUGUUUGUGAAGCCAGAUUACAAUGAAGAUCUUUGCACAUGAGUGCAAUGUGUGGGAGCAUAUCAGUUUGCUGACCUGUUGUGAAUAUUACAUUCUAAUGAAGAAUUUCAUGUGAAUAUUCUCAAUAUUGUGGCUUCCAUGUCACUUCAGCCAAUAGGUUAGCUUACUGCAUUACUGAUAUUGUAUCCAGGCUUUCGCAAUACAGUAAUUAUUGCAGGAAUAUGUGUAGUACUUGUGGAGUAUUCGGUUUAUAUUCUGUCUUCAGAGUCCUCCGUAACCCAAAUACCAUAAACCUGACCCGGGUCUGGAACGGUUUCCACAAUAAAUCAAAUGGAACAUGUGUUGCUGUGUCCCCAGCUUCAGAUUCAGGCUAGCAGUUGUGCCAGCAAUGCAAGCAAACAGGGAGACUUUUCCACUCAAGGCACAUGAAAAAUACAAACAUUGUAAGUGACAUACAGUAGCUGAGAAUGUGUUUCCUAAACACAGUGGACGGCCUGUGCACAAUUUCAUAUAUUACCAAGGAUACACAGGGCCGGACUACCACAUUUAGGGCACAGAGGCGCUGACCUGAUUUUUUGUGUUGACAUUAUUUUCAGUUGUAUAGCUAAUGCUAUUGUAGAUAUUUUGUCAAGAUAAAAUGUUGUAGUGUUAAAGUUAAUUUCCUGCAAUUCUAUGCUAUUUGCUAUGGGUCAGAGAUAAAAAAUGUGCUGUUUUAUAGCUCAUCUAAUGCUAUUGUUCACAUUUUGCCAUGAGGCUGAGAGAAAAUGUUGCUGGUUUAAAGCUAAUUUCCUGCUAUUCUACACAUUUUGCCAAGAGACUGAGAGAAAAUGUUGCAGUUUUUAAGAUAAUUUCCUGCUAUUCCACACAUUUUGCUAUCAUAUGUUAUCUGGGGGGCCCCCGACCUCCAGGUGGUCCCCAUCCCUGUUCGGUAAUCCGGCCCUGAGGAUACAGGUCAAGGUAUUAACUAAUGUCUCUUAAUUCCAUAUUACAAAAGUAAAACCAAAGGUUUGUGUAGCUUCUGUAUUAAAUGGUAAUCUGCUACAUUUGUCAACACCCAAGCAAGCUGUGGUGUAAAAACUGUGAAUACCAUAUUAUAUUUCAUUAACAGAGCAUUACAACUUUUAAUGAACUGCAGUAGUAUAGUAAUAGCUUAUGUAAUAAAUUAUAUGUACAUGUUUAUUCAUACCCAUCAACUGUUAUUAGUAAACUCAGCAAAAAAAGAAACAUCCUCUCACUGUCAACUGCGUUUAUUUUGAGCAAACUUAACAUGUGUAAAUAUUUGUACGAACUUAACAAGAUUCAACUACUGAGACAUCAAUAACUGAACAAGUUCCACAGACAUAUGACUAACAGAAAUGGAAUAAUGUGUCCCUGAACAAAGGGGGGAUCAACAU